AUCAUCAGAAAUCAAUGGAUUUGUCUGAGGAUCAAAUUCGCGGACUACCGCACCAUGAGCUUCUUGGUCAUUUCUUGCAAAUGCGCGAAGAGUUUAACGAGUUCCAGACAAGUUCCGCGGAAAUUGAGAAAAUGAUGGAUUCAGAAUUGGAUGAUUUGAAAACACAACUGAAAAAAGCAGAAACCAGAGUACAGCAGAUGACCACAGAGCAAAUUAGGAACAAGGAUCGACAGGACGAUUCCCGUGUACAAUUUGCACAAGUCGAAGAGCAAUUAAGACGAGAAAACUCACAUCUUCAUGAACAAUGUGAAAGUCAGAGAGAAAGAAUUCGAAAACUGGAACAGAGAAACGAUGUGCUCGAAACAUCAGAAAGAAAUAAGGAAUAUCUAGCAUCUGAUCUCGGAUCGAAACUGGAUCAUGCUAUUGAAAAGAUAGCAAUGUUGGAAAGUGAGCUUUAUGAACGGCAAGUUGCUGCUGAAGAAAUGCAUAGAUUACGAGAAGAACAACUUCGAACAACAGAACGGCCACGUUUGAUUGUAGAACCAUUGAGGAAUGAUCCAGAAAUUCUGCCGGACGAGCCAUCCCCAGGUCCAAGUAAAGAAGAGUUUAAAAUGAGCUCGGAAGAUGUUUUCAUGGAAGACGUGCAGCACCACGAAGAUGUUCGAAUGGAGGAAACUAUUGCAAAAAUUGACGAAGUGCGCAUCGAUGACAAUAAAAAUAUUCAAGAAAAAAGCCAACGAGUAUCUACCGGUACGGGCGCCGGUGCUUGCAUCAAUCGAAUCGUCAAAGACCUGAUGACAAAAGUCGAGCGGCUCGAUUCAAUUUUAUCGACGAUUCGCGUGAGCAACAACUCGUCUAACAACAAUUCCAGUCAUCUUACAACGACACGGGCUUAACAUUUCAUUUUUUGGUUUUUCUCACCUUUCUCGCAUACUGUGACUUUUCAUUCACUCAGGGAUCCUCCAUUUCAUCAUUUCCUUCGUUUCUUUCCGUUAUUAUUCUUUUCCAUGACAUCCUGUAUCAUGCUUAUGUUUUAUUCCCACCCAAUUGGUAUUAGACCCCGAUUUUAUUUGCCCCGCCUUACUGUUGCUCAAUAUAAGUUCCACGUUCGCCAUUCACCCACAUUAUUUUCCAAAUUUCUAAAGUGCCUACAUAUUUCUAAUUUUUCUGUUAAAAAUUUAUAUAUCCGUCACCAUGAAUAGUUAGUAAAGGAAUGAUUUCAAGAAAAAGUGAGCAAAAUAAAUAAAUAAAUACAAUUUGAA